CGCAUGCGCAGUGCCGGGAGGCGGCCCGGGCCAUGGCGGCCGUUUAAAGGUAACCGAUUGAGCAGAGCGGGAGCCCCGGAUUUUUGCACCGAAUUCCUCCUUCCCUGCUCCGCCGUGUUGUCAGAGUGUGACAAAAUUCCGGAUUAGAGUUUAGGGGAGGAGAAGGAAAGGGCGAAACGCCUAGAAAUUCCUGCGCCUCCCGUGGACGCUUCAGGCCGCGCAUCUCCCAUCCAGCCCCUCAAAAUAAGUAUUUAGCCUUCGAGGAGGAGUUCUUACGCCCCUGCGCCUUGCAGAAGGAGCCCACCUAUAUUUACCCCCCACUAAUACCGAGGAUAGUUCCAAUCUUGCCUGUAGAAGUAGCCCUUCCCAUAAUACUUUCUCCACCCUAUUCAUUUUAUUAAUGAGUAGGUGGAAGGAACCCCUUAAUUUCAGCUGCCCCCCCCUCUCUGAAUAUGGGGCCACCUUAUUCCCAGAAAGGAUCAGGGAAAAGCUGCUAGGCGAACGAGAUACUCGGGAGGGAACCCGUUGGCUUCCCAUGUCCAGUGUACAAGACACAACAUCGUGUGUUCUAUCCGGCUCCUGUAGACUGUGGCAAAGGGGGAAGCCGGCAACCUUUCCCACAUUCUUGCGGGAGGUUGCUUCCCAGAGGGGGGGAUCCACUAGAUAGGGAGAAUUGCUUGCUCGCUGUUCCUCAUUUGGGAAGAUCGAUUUGGGAGCUGGGUUGGUCAGCCCACACGCUUCCUCUCUACCAUUCUUGCUGGGAGGGCGAGGAAAGACGUAAUCCCCUUCCCCGAUUUGUGCCCCCCCCAUACCCACUGGGCACCGCUGUGUCUGUUAGAAGGAAAGAAACCAAAAGACACCUUUCACGUUCCUCCUCCCAGGAGAACCUUGGGGGGAAAAGGGUGAAGCAAAUGCACCCCUCCCCCCCAUUCCUUGCAGAAGAAUCUAAGACUGAUCUAAGCAGAUCAGCCGCAUUUAUUUAGGAAGCGGCCCCUCCAUUCUGGAGAGCCAGCAGGGCCCCCACUUCGCUUUCCUGCCUCAGCAGGGCUGGCACUCCUGUAGUCUGGAAAAAGAGGAGCAAGAAAAGCAAAGAGAUGGUUCUUGCACUAGCAGCAGGGAGCAGUGAAGGCUGGUGAGUCGGGAGGACCGGUCGGGGGAAGGUGGUGUAGGAAGAAAGGGAGGCGAUGGGUCUUGGUGGGGCUGGUGGCGACGACGGCGGCGCCCCCCGAGGGCUCCAGGUGGGGAAUUCGGACCGGCAGCGGAGAGGAGAAGGGGGAGGCGGAGGAGACGUCGCGGCAGAAUCUGGAGCCUGAAGGUGCUGCAUCGCCAUGAGAUCGACCGUCUACAAAGCAACCGCGGCGACGACAACGACGGGGCCGGGCUUGCUGGAGCCUGGCCCGAAGGAAGAGGAGGAGCCGCCGCCGCAUCUCCGCCAGCCUCCGCCUCCCCCGCAGAACCAGAUCCCCGUGCCGGCCCCCGUGGCUGCAGCGGGCCCCAAGGGCCGGGCUCUUGUUCCGGCGGCUGCGGCGGCCGCGGCUCCCGGACAACAGCAACAGGAAGGUGGCGGCGGCGGCUGCUGUUGGGGCGGCCUAGUGCCCUCGCCGUGCCCGGCAGGCAGUACUCGGCAAGCGGGCGUGGGCGAUGCCGCCGGCAGCUCCCGCCCCUCCAAGUACCAGGCGGUGCUGCCCGGACACACCGCUGCUACUGCCGCCAAAGACGGCAAGCGCGGCGGCUCCCACGCCGGGCCUGGAGGAGCUCCAGCGUCUCUCUCGCCGCCUCCUCCGCCGCUACCGUCGUCCGCUUCCGCUACGGCUGAACCCGGGCAGCCUCCUCCACCCCCAGCAGUGGCAGCGGGGGGUUCUCCGGCUCCAUCGGAACCCAGCGGCAAGUGGAAAAGCGCUAGCAGUAGCAGCAGCACCGGUAGCGGCGGCGGGAGCAGCCUUCGGAAGAGCCCCAUGGGGGCCGGCGGGGGCAACUCCAGCCAGGCGGCCUGCCUCAAGCAGAUCCUGCUGCUCCAGUUGGACCUUAUCGAGCAGCAGCAGCAACAGUUGCAGGCCAAGGAAAAGGAGAUCGAAGAACUCAAAGCCGAGAGGGACACACUCCUUGCUCGAAUUGAGCGUAUGGAAAGGAGGAUGCAACUGGUGAAGAAGGACAACGAGCGUGAGAAACACAAGAUAUUUCAAGGGUAUGAAACAGAGGAGAAGGUUGACCCUGAAGUACCAGAGAAGCUGCCUAUAGAGUGCCCACCACAAGAGCUCUUGGAGACCUCCCAGCCGCUGCCUUUGAAACAUUUCCCAUAUGGAAGGAAUGGGAAGGGUCACAAACGAAAAUCUGCGUUUGGAAGUGCCGAGAGGAAAACUCCAGUGAAGAAGCUGGUAGCUGAAUUCUCAAAAGUCAAAUGUAAAACGCCAAAGGCUUCUCCAUUAAAGGAGGAACCCAGUAGUUCUUUAACUGAAUCAAUAAGCAGACGCGAACUGCGAAGUCAGGAGACUCCAGAGAAAACUCGAUUGUUGGUGGACACACAACUGAAGUCUUCAACUCCAUUGAAAGGACCUGGGUGCCAUUCAAAGGACAAGGGCUCCUGCAGUGAAAUAGAAGAUUUGCCGUAUCUUUCCACCACUGAAAUGUACUUGUGUCGGUGGCACCAGCCACCCCCUUCCCCGUUGCGAGAGCCUUCUCCCAAGAAGGAGGAGACUGUAGCAAUUCCAUCAUGGAGGGACCACACAGUAGAGCCCCUGAGAGAUCUGAAUCCUUCUGAACUUUUGGAGAACUUAGAAGACAACGUCUUCUCCAAACGACAUGCAAAGUUGGAAUUGGAUGAGAAAAGGAGGAAAAGGUGGGAUAUUCAGCGUAUCCGGGAGCAAAGAAUUUUGCAGCGACUGCAACUUAGAAUGUAUAAAAAGAAAGGAAUUCAGGAAUCUGAGCCUGAAGUUACCUCAUUUUUCCCAGAGUCAGAUGAUGUUGAAAGCUUGCUGAUCACCCCAUAUUUGCCUGUUGUAGCGUUUGGCCGACCAUUACCAAAAUUAACCCCACAGAACUUUGAACUGCCGUGGCUGGACGAACGAAGUCGUUGCCGGCUAGAGAUGCAGAAGAAACAGACUCCUCAUCGGACAUGCAGGAAAUAGGCAUGUCAAACUAGGAGAAAUCUCUGUCUUGAUGGUUGGCCUGUGCUAUUUGCUGCAAAUGGCAGAGAACUGUAUAUGUUUUGUUAUGUCACUUUCUUCUACCAUCCCCCAUGAUGUAUAUUCUUGUUCACUAUAAAUAUUUUUUAUGCUUACAUAUUUUUUCCCUGAAUUUUUUUCACUUGUUUUUCAUUUUUUUUUCUUUGCUUGGUAGAAAGUAUUGGAGGUUUGUGUUGGGAGAAUAAGGUUAGCAAUUUAUGGUGUGCCUCUGUUGAGCUGUAUUGGAUAGCUGCAACCAGCACAAUCCACUGAGAAGCUAUGAAAGAUGGACAAGCAUAGUAGUAUAAUUAAACACUUCCCAUUUGUGAGUUCUCACAAACAUGAAACCCACCUCUGAUUGAA